AUGUUCAAAUUAUUCCACAGAAAAACAUAUUCCAGGACAAGGCUUCGUGCCCUAUGGAAUGAGUGGAGAUACAAACACAAUACCUCUCAAAACUCGACCAGGAGUGUUGUGCAAUUGCAAGCUGGGGAAGACAUUAUCUCAAAUGCAAAACUUCAAUCUGUACCACCUUCGAGGACAGGACCAGACAGCACAACUAGCUCAAACCAUACUUCAACGCCUGUUGCUUCACCAUUAGCAAAGGCUUUCAAUUUUGAUACGUCUACGGAAGCCUUUUCCUCGAUAACUGACGAGCACAAGAGCAAUAGUGAGGACUCUCGAUCACUGAAAUGGAGAGUAAGAACUCACACAUACACAGCAUGGAUUCGCCAGUGGAAGACUUUCACGAGACGUGCAUCACAGACAAAAAAGUCGGCUCGGUUUGAAAGAAUGAAGAGCCGAUACAGAAAAUUGUUCACUUAUAAACUGGCUGCAAAUUGCGAACCAACUUCUCAGUUGCCGGUGAUGGCUACGGAACCAUUGCAUGUACCAGCAAAAAACGGCACUAGUCCUUUCGAUGUGGCCCUACCUCCAAUUUUUACCAGCUCUGUCUCUUCCGUUUCAAGUGACAACGUUCCAAAAGAAGUUCAAGGUGCUUACGAAGUGAGUGACAACUGGGUAAGCAAUAUUGUCUUUGGAGGUGAAGAAGAGGAAGCCAAGGCUGAAGAGCAUGUUAGCACAGAUUUUGCGAAUGGGUAUCUUGCCGACCCGUCUUGGUUUCUUCCCAAACCUGAUACAUUAGCGACAAUUCUGGGAGAAAGCGCCAAGUUCGCAUGCUUUUGUGAGAUACCCUCACGGACUCAAUCGGUUGCAUCAGCUUCAAACCCAUAUCUGAGCAAGAACCUUGACGACACACCACCGGCUUUAGUGGGACAACAUUUGAAAAAUCCUUCACAGCCCUCAGCAUCGGCGGGAAGUUCAAUCUUGCAAGAUAUCACCUCAGCAGAAACCAUACGGGAACCUCCUAUAACUCAAUGUUCCAUGAGAAUGAAGAGAAAGGAGCUUGUUGUACAAUACGCUAGUCAAACUUCAUUAAUUUCGCCAACUCUGACUUCGAACAGAGCAACAAAAUCUGAGGUUAAAUCAUCGCAGAACUCUGGGUCCAAACGCAAAUAUCUCAAGAGAGCACCGACCCGGAUUGCAAGUUGGUUUUCGUCAGUGCACCAGAAGACAACAUUGAAGCCGUCCUCGAAGCAUUGA